CCAACAUCAUGAAACAAAAAAAAGUCUUGUUUUUCUGAUUUUUUUGUUAUGCAUGUGAAGCUGGAUUUUUUAAUUUCAGUGCAAAAUUUGUUCUUUCAACUCUGUUUUUAGUUGAAAUAAUAAUAAUUAUUAUUAUUUAUUUUUAGAAAAUAAUUUUAUAUUCAAAAUGAUCCUUCUUAGAAGCUCAUCAACCCCAGCCCCAGUUAUAGAAACUCUCAUCUUCUUAUCUUGCUCAGACAGCCCAAAUAGAGAUUUGGACGUUAUUCAUAGUAAUACUAAUAAUAACAAGAACAAACCCAUUAAAAAUGCCAACUUUCUUACCUUCGUCCAUGGCGCCCAUCACCACAAUUUGAAAUCUUUUUCAUGUAAUUCUUCUCCAAACCACCAUUCCUCAUCUGGGUUCGGAGCGUCCAACCGAGAACCGAACGUUUCAGGCCAAAACUCCGUUCGUCGAGCUCGGUCCGAGGGGAACUUGGAGAGACUAUUGUCGAGCCACGAACUGAUUGAUCCGAACGAGCUGCGAAGCCCAGAAAGGGAAACGAAAUUCGGGUUUCGUCAUUACUGGUCAAUGCUUCGCACGGAGCCUUCGUUCGCGAUUUUCAACGAUGAGUUUCAGGAUUCGGAGGAGGCGGGUCCGGUCGCAGAAGCAUUGCAGAGGACUGUGACUAUUGGAGAAACCAUUGAAGAUGCGAAUGGUGGAGAUUUCUGCUUUGGGAAAAGUAAAAUGGGUUUGAUUAAGGAGGAAGAAGAACCGGAGGUCUUGGGAGAAGAAGAAGCAACUGAACAAGUUAAUACUCGUCCUUUGUGUAUUGCUUCGGGACUGGGAAUUAAUGGUGAGGGUCUUGGUCUAUCUAUGAUGGAUUUUGAUGAAACAAGUGAUACGGAAGAGUACUACAAGAGAAUGGUUGAGCAGUGUCCAUUUCAUCCUCUUUUUCUUAGGAAUUAUGCUCAGUUUUUGCAGUCUAAGGGGGAUCUUUAUGGAGCAGAAGAAUACUAUUCUCGUGCUUCGGUUGCAGAUCCUGAAGAUGGUGAUAUAUGGAUGCAGUAUGCUAAACUGGUUUGGGAUCUUUAUCAUGACCAAGAAAGAGCCUCUAGUUACUUUAAACUUGCAACAAAAGCUGCUCCUCAGGAUAGUAAUGUUCUUGCAGCAUAUGCUAGUUUUCUCUGGGAUAUAGAGGACAGUGGGGAAGAAGAUGAUGGAGCAUUUGAUAAUCAACUUCAGAUGCAUGUUGAACAGAAGGAAGAUUCUACCCCAUGCUUGAACACUGCAGGAGGGACCAGGAUUGACGGGCCCGAUUCCACUGCAGUUGACCCUUGUCACUCUGGAAAUCCAGAUGUUUAUUAUAGGAAGAUGAUCGAAGAGAAUCCCAAUAAUGCUUUGUUCCUAAGAAAUUAUGCAACGUUUUUGUACGAGUGUAAAGGAGAUCUUCAAGGAGCUGAGGAAUACUACUCACGAACCAUACUAGCUGACCCCAGUGAUGGGGAAAUCAUGGCACAAUAUGCUAGACUGGUGUGGGAACUUCAUCAUGAUGGUCAAAAGACCUUAUCUUUCUUUGAGCGAGCAGUUCAAGCUUGUCCUCACAAUAGCUCUGUUCUUGCAGCCUAUGCAAGUUUCCUUUGGGAAAACGAAGAUGAUGAAGAAGAACAACAACAACAACAAGUUUCAGUGCCUGGCUUUCAUGAGAUGGCGAUGACGGUUGCUAGUGUCUGAACUAAAUCAUCAACAAAGUAAUACAUUAUAGGUGCAAUAAGCCAAAAAUGUGACUCAAAACUAUGAUUCAUAGAAUAAGUAGGCAAAAUAAAGACUAGCGAGGCUUGCUUUUGCAUGAGCUAAAAGCUUGAUUGAUACUAUUAUAUUAGCUAUUUGUGAAACUAUAGCCAAAAGGUCUGACUAUAUAGAAACAGGAUUUGGAAUCUUACUAGAAAAGAGAAGUAGAAUUCAUGUUGGGGAUUGGUUGGGGCAUGGUUAACGAUUUAGUUUUAAUUGGUAAUCACACCACUGUCAACAUCUAAUAAACUUAGUGAAUAAAGAGGUUCUUACUUCUAAGUUCAA